CGCACAUCGUCCGGAGCGGCCGCGGUUCGCGGAAGAGGGAAGGGGAGGAGUGAGAGUAGGAGCUCCGGACAGACCCCCGGGGGUCCCCAGCCGGACCAUGUGAGGAGGAAAGGACUACCACAUUUGCAGCGUCCGGACGGUCACCCCACAGGGGAUCCUCGUCCCGGGACCAUGCCCCUCUCGGGAAGAGUUGGUCUCGCAUGAGAAGACCCCGGUGGGAGCGUCCCCGAAGAUGAACCGAUCGGAGAGCGACGAGUCGACCUAUCACCGCAGCCCGUCCGUGGACAGCAGGGACUACGCCGGCGCCCAGAACGGCUUCCGCCGCUACAGUAGCGUGUAUGGUGGCCAGUUCGGGGCCAACACCUCCUUCCUUGGGAUGCAUACCAACCCCGGGCCUAAAGCCAGCAAGACGGCAUACAAGUCGGCCAAGGGCAGUAAAUAUGUGGUCUUUUACUUGGAUCUCUCCUUUAUAUUCCUUCUAGAAUUGAAGAGGUGCAGCCUGGCCCAGAACUGCUUGCAGUGCCUCAAGUACCUCAUGUUUGUCUUCAAUCUUCUCUUCUGGCUGGCGGGCUGCGGUAUACUAGGAGUGGGGAUCUGGCUGGCAGUGACACAGGGCAACUUUGCCACACUCUCUGCUACCUUCCCCUUCCUGUCUGCUGCCAACGUGCUUAUGGGCAUGGGCACCGUGGCGAUGGUGGUCGGAUUUCUUGGCUGUGUUGGUGCCAUCAAAGAAAACAAAUGUCUCUUGCUGUCUGUGAGUAUCAAAGCAGCUUCUCCUACUCACCGUUCACACAUGCUCACACUCACACUGCAUACCCACCGCACACUUCGUACCCACACUUCCUGUGCACACCUCAUUAUACCACUUCCUGUGCACACCUCAGUCCCACACUUCCUGUGCACACCUCAGUCCCACACUUCCUACUGA